CCCGAACCCAGCGCCAUGACCCCCGCGGCCACCGCGUGCGCCACGCCGGCGGCGGCGCGCCCGCCCCUCAACACGGUCCCGGCCCGCCGCUCGCCGCACUCGGCCGCGCGCCCGCCAUCGGCCACCCCCGCCCGCCGCGCCGCCGGCUGCUGCUUCUGCGCCGCCGCCUCCUCAUCCUCGGCAUCGUCGUCGCCCUCCACAUGGGACUGGACCCGAUGGAGCCGCCACUUCGACGAGGUCGAACAGGCCGAGAGCUACGCGUCCCUCCUCCAGUUCCAGCUGGAGGAGGCGGUGGAGAACGAGGAUUUCGCGGAGGCCGCCAAACUCAAGAGGGACAUUAUAGAGGCCACCGGAAACGACGCCGUAGCCCACGUGAUGGCCGAGCUCAAGAGUGCUAUAGAGGACCAGCGGUACCAGGACGCCUCGAAGUUGACAAGGCUUGCUGGGACCAGCUUGGUAGGUUGGUGGGUGGGAUAUGCGAAGGACACUGAUGAUUCCAUUGGGAGAAUCGUAAGAAUAAGCCCUGGUGUCGGGAGAUAUGUGGCCAAGAGCUACAGCCCAAGGCAAUUGGUCACUGCAUCUUCAGGGACUCCAUUAUUUGAAAUUUUUCUUGUCAGAGAAGAUGACGAGACAUAUACAAUGAAGGUGGUACACUUGCGACCAACAAAAGGAACUUCAGGUGCAUCAUCCAUAUCAUCAACAAUAACAGAAAGCCCAGUGAAGGUGGAGAAUGAAAGUUCAUCAGAAAGUAGUGCUAUAUCUGAUAGUAUUACAGAGGAAGCAAAUACAGAUACUCCAGUAAAAGGAAAUGAGGAUGCUGAAGAGAAAGAGCAAGAUAUUGGUAGCAGCAAGGAUAGUAGUGUUGAAGGAUUGAAAAGUGUUUUGAAUUUUUUUAAAUCUCGAAUUCCGGAAUUCAAAGUUCAGGUGAUAAAUGUUGAUGUGUCUGAGGAAACUGAAUUGGCUGCAAACUCGUCCGAAGAAUUAGUGCAAGAUGAUGUGAAGAGUACUCCAGAAAGCUCAUUGGAAGAGCCAACCACUGAGGAACUUGAGCAGGAAGAAGAUGUUCCAGAAGAAGAUAUGGAUGAAGAAAGUAAAAGUACAGAAGUGAAGCUUUUUAUUAGUGGAGUGGUUCACAAUAAAGAAGAUGCUGGAGCAAAAUCAUAUGUUCGAGUUCCAGCUGAAAUAAAUAACAUGGGAAAAGACUCUUUUGAGCUGUACAUUCCUGGAAAAGGUUCUGAUCGUGAUCUGAUUGAAACAAAGGCUGCAAAACAGAAAGUUGCAGAUAUGGCUGCUAAGUUAGCCUCAGAGCUUAUGCCGUCUGAUGUUGCCAAGGCAUUGUGGGGUACAACCAAGAGUUCUUCAAAGAUAAAUAAAGAAGUUCAGGAGCUUUUAAGGCUUACGUUAAGCAAGGCCCGAGUCAAGCUGACCGAGAAUACCAUUUUUAAUCGGAUCAUUAUGGACACUAACAGCACGGAUCCAUUUAAUGGUCUCUAUGUGGGAGCAUUUAGUCCAUAUGGACCAGAAAUUGUGCAGCUCCGUCGGAAGUUCGGCCACUGGAAUAGUACUGAUGACGUUGAGUUUUUCGAGUAUGUCGAAGCAGUAAAGUUGACUGGUGAUCUGAGUGUCCCUGCUGGCCAGAUAACGUUCCGUGCGAAGAUUGGGAAGGGCAAGCGACUUGAGAAUCGGGGCGCGUAUCCUGAGGAAUUCGGUGUGGUUGCUAGUUAUAAAGGUCAGGGUAGAAUAGCUCAGCCUGGAUUCAAAAAUCCUCGAUGGGUGGAUGGUGAGCUGUUGGUGCUUAGUGGCAAGAGUACAAUCCCACACCUUGGAGGCGCAGAGCUCGGUUUCCUGUACAGCGUACCUGAGCAGAGUUUUCUGGUUCUCUUCGAUCGGCUUAACCUUCCCGAGUGAUGAGACUACUAGACGGAGCAGAUUCCUCACAUGUAGAUGCCUGCCAGGCCGGCCCCAGUUCCAAGUGACCGAACAGGUCUGCGGGCCCUUUUUUCGUCGUCCUCUAGGCUUCCUGAGAUGCCUGCCAAUCUUUUCUCCGCUCCUACUCGGCUGGAGCUGAUCUGCUUGACUCUUUUCAGAGUGUGAGGGAAAGCUGACCUCGUUGCUGGUCUAAAUUAACGGAUGAGCCUUGAUAUGUUAUAGCAUGGUAUGCUCCCUAAUGACGCAGUUAUAGCGGUAUUGGGUAUGAGCAUGAUAGUUUUGUGAGUUUUUCCCCCCUUCAUCGUUGAUUACAGUAAAGCUAGGAUGGAAACCAAAUUAAACAAAAUCGUUCUGGUGUGUCGUGAUGUUACAGAUAUAAUAAUAAAACCAGGCAAAUAAAGUCUCAUGAUUUAUGAUGACCCAUCAAUCAAUCGGUACGAUUUCCACU